AUGGAUCACUCAGAUGGCCAGGCGCACGCGGACCGGACGCCGACACCCGCCCAUCGCGAUAUGAUGUAUUGUCACGAAUGUCGCGACGAGUGGUUCAGGGAUGAGCAUGGCUUGACUUGCCCAGAGUGUGGUUCUGAUUUUACGGAAAUUAUCGAGGAAGACCAUGACCCGCGAGACGACGAGAUGCCCGGCCACAACGAACACGCAGAAGACGGUGAUUCGAUACCGUCUCUCGAAGAGGCUCCACCCAACCCGCACGACCAUCCCCUUGCUCACCACAAUCCAUUCCGGGACCAUAACGACCCAGAGGAAGGAGAUAUUAGCAACCUUCAGUGGCGCCAGGUGGGGCCAGGCAGAUUCGCUGUAACUGGCACGAUAUAUCGAACAAUUUCUCCAAACCGGGGUGGUGGUGGCAACCAGAAUGCCGGGAAUCCACCGAUCGGACCCUUUGCUUCGAUGCUGAACAGCAUAAUUGGUGGUGCUCGACCUCGCUCCCAACCACAGGGUCAAGAUGGCCAGUCUUCUCAAGGACAGCCUACGCCGGGGACUUCUUUGGGGUCAGGGCCUAGGGUAACACUCGGUGAAUCUAGAUUCCAUUAUACUUCAAGUGCUCGACUGUAUCCUCGCGAUGCAGAUCAUCCUGGGCCACAACUGGAGCCUAUGGACGAGCUAAAUAAUGUCCUCAUUGGUCUCAUGGCUGCUUUUGGAGAACCUCCCGGUCAGCACAAUCACGACCCUCAAGCCCCGGGUAAUGAUCCACACGUGCACUUCAAUCCUCUGCUAGCUUUAUUAUCCCAAAUGAUGCCUGGAAAUGCCGCAGCCGGCGACUUUGUUUAUUCACAGGAGGCUCUAGACCGCAUCAUUUCACAACUCAUGGAGCAAAACGCUACCGGAAAUGCCCCAGGACCCGCUUCCCAAGACGAUAUCAAUUCGUUACCCAGGAAACCAGUCACUGUUGAAAUGCUUGGCCCCGAAGGCCGUGCAGAGUGCAGCAUCUGCAUGGAGGAAGUGCUCAUCGGAGAAGAAGUGACGGAGCUGCCAUGUCACCAUUGGUUCCACCACCCUUGCGUUGCGAUGUGGCUUAGUGAGCACGACACUUGUCCCCACUGCCGACACGGAAUCACAAAAACAAGCGAAAACUCGGCGAACUCGUCAAACGACAAUAGUGGUGGCGCAUCGGAAGCUAAUGCAAGCAAUCCACAAAUGCCUGGGGCCUUUGCUGGCGCUACAGGGGAUGGAACACCUGAACACCCGUUCCUUCUUCCUGACUCCCCACAUCAUCCUGCACCAAACCAAGACCAGGGAGCAUCGAGCAGUCACAGUGGCCCAGUGUCAGGCGACGAGAGUCACUCGGGGGGAGGCUUUGGAGAACGGUUGCGGAGGGGUUGGUUUGGGCCUCCGAGGUGA